AUGGCGUCGGUCCAAGGGCGCUCCAAGGCGCUCUGGAAGAAGCUCUCGACGUCCAUCAAGAUGUCGCAGCUCGACGAGGUGCAGCAGCGCAAGUUCCAGCAAGCGCAGACCGAGUCGCUGGAAAAGGCGGGCGCCGACGUCACUCUCAACGACAGUUCGAGUGGCGACGCCGACGACGCCGGCCAUGAAAUGUACUCCAAGGACGCACUCGCGCUUCGGUACAGUCUGCGAAAAGACCGGCGGAUCGACGACGUUGUGCGCCGGCUCUGGGCCCUUGAAGCCGACCGCGACGAGCUCGGGUGUCUCCGGAAAGAGGGGUACAUGGCGUUCUACGUCUCGGUCGCCAAGUACCUCGACGCGGCUUUCGACGACUCGGCCGCGCUCGCCUCGGUGGCCAGCGAGUGGGACAAUGACCGCAAGGGCCAAGACACGAUGAGCUACGCGCUCUUCUUUGAGAGCCUCUUCCAGCUCGUGGACGUGUGGGUCGACAGUCUCGACGUCCGCGACUACAUUGGCUUUCUCGAGCACAUUGCGCUCAACAUAUUUUUGCCCGGCACCACGCACCUGCGCGACGUGCACGACAUCAUCUUCAUCAACGCGAGUGCGACGGACCGCACCAAGCUCGAGAAGCUACGCGCCAAGAAGGAGCUCGCCAAAGGCAAGGAGCUCGAGCGCAGCGCCAAGCGGGAUCCCAGAAGCGCAGCCAAAGCCAUUGCGACAACGUCCAAGACCGCGCCGCCGACAUCGACCGUGACGACGGCCCAGGCCCACGCCAUCGGAAAAAUAGAGAUAGCCCACAAGGCCGCGCCCAAGCGUGUGUCCCCGGCCAAGCGCGGGGUCCCGUCACAUCCAAAAUCUGCAGCAGCACCGACCAAGGCAAGCAGCUAUGUGCCGGCGCAAGCCGACGCGGUCGCGCGCAACGUGCAUGCCCACAGCAACGAACUGGGUUUUGACGGCGACGAUGUCUCUGGAAGUCUUGCCCCCGACAACGAUCCACCGCGUGCGCUUCGUCUCGGCCCGACCUCGACCUCGGUGGCGACACCGAGCCCCGCGCAUGGCAGUGACCCCAACUUGGUUGCUCAGUUUCUCGCGGCCGAGGCAAGCGACGUGCAGCCCAAUCGCCCUUCGCAGCAUGGUCUCUCGUCCCACAACGGCAAGUCAACCCACGCUGCCGCCAACGGCCACGCAUUUCGUGGUAGUGACAGCACCUUUGGUAGUCCCGCUAGCUCAACAGCUCCAUCGCUCCAUCCUCACGGAGGCGCGACUGCAGCAGCGACGCAUGGCGCCAGCGCUGGUUCGAACGCAACUCCACGUGGCCAUGGCGUUGCGACCGGUGGCCUGACGUCGGGUCACGCGACGACGUUUGCGACUGCCGCCCAAGGGGACGUCUUCUCUCCCGGGUCCUACGCGCAAGAUGUGACGGCAGCGUCGUACGCAGGUCAAGAUCAUCACGCGACGAGCUCUCGGUUCGACAAUGACGCAGCCUCCAGCCACGCGUCCGGCGUCGCCGGUAGCGGAAGCGGAGCGACUGCUACCAAGGUAUCGGUGACCGCGGCCGCCUCGAGUACGAAUGCCGUUGGUCCCGCUCCUGGUACGACAAUGGAGGCGGGCGACGAUCCACUGCAGAUGGGCGACGGGCGACGCAGCAACAAGACGCAUCCGAGUGGAGGACAGCGCGCAAAGCUACACGCAAGCAGCAACCAGCAGCACCAACCAGGAGCAGGAGGCAGUCUCAGUCCCGCGAAUCGCUCGCACGAAGGCCUUGAGGAUGCGCGCCCAAUGGCGCGGGGACUCGCAGGCAAACCCGUAGAUCCGCUCAAGGCAGCGACGAGCGCAGUCCACCGGUCGCUCAUGGCGUCGGCUUCCAACAGCACGGUCGCGCUCUACGAGCCGCAGCACGACUUGUACGACGACGGCAGCCACCGGCGACCGCUCUCGACGUAUGUGCUCGAGCCGCAAGGCUUUCAUUUACGGCCAAGAACGAGCCCCGUCAAGCACGACACCGAGUUCAUCGGCGUCUCGGUGACGCAGCGCCACGGCGUGUACGAUGCGACGCCGCUCAAGCUCGAGUGGCAAGGGGAGAAGCCCGACAUGGAGCAGCUCGAGUUUGCAGUGGUUGGCGGCCGCCUCGCUGUCUCUAAGCACCGGUGGCUGCCCGAAACCUGCGAUCAUCCGCACGGCGGCCAUGACGACGAUCGCGUCAUUGACGUGAGCCAUUUUGACGCGACAGACGACGAGGCGUUGCUCGAUGACGAGACGUCGACGUCCGGCCGGCGCAUGGACGACAUCAACGAGCUCCGAAAUGAGUUUCAGCGGCGCCAACUGCAGCCGAUCUCGACCGAGAACCCACCACGCGUUCAACCGCGCUUCGAGCCGCAUCGCGACUUGAUGCCCCUGCAAACGUCGCUAAGUCGACAGACCCUUCAAGUCCCCGCGAUGGAGCGGCGACAGCGCUUGCGCAAUGUGAGCAGUCUCCCGGUGCUGCCCCGCCGCCAACGCACGCCUCCGUCCGUCCCACGCGGUGGCCCCGUGCUCGGCCUCGAGCUGGCCUCGCCGUCGGCGCGCCUUGGCCCCAACCGCAUCGAGCUGCUCAAGAAGAAGCAGCGUGUGCUGAGUGCCCACCUCCAGUCGGCGCCGCUCAAAGAUAGCUCGUGGCACGCCCCCGAUACGUAG